CACAAAGACCAGUGUGCAGUCACAGUCUCCUCCACGCUGUGAGUGCGCAGCGUCUGCACAGAUCGCUCCAAACUGGAACUUAAACUCACUUUGCAUGAACCUGCACAACUUUACUGCUGAUUUCUCGGCUGUGAACGACCCUCGGUGUUCCGCUGUGGCUGUUUUUAGAUACUACGACCCGAAAACCGUCGGGACAAGUGAAGAUAGAAGCAGCGGGAGUGGUCUGGAAACUUUUGCCAUCAUGAGCAAGCAGACGGUCAACCUUGAUACCUACAGCCUGUCGUUGCUCACGGCCAAAGAGGACAUCCUCAACCCCCGUUCCUCCACCAACUGGGCAAUAUUCGCAUAUGAUGGAGUCACCAACAAGCUCAAGCUGGCUGACUCAGGAGCGGGUGGUGUGGCAGAACUGUCCGGCAAAUUUCACAUCUCCAAGCCUCAAUACGGACUGUGCAAAGUGGGAAGUGUGGAGACAGGAGGCCCCCGGAUUGCUAUGAUCAACUGGGUCGGUCAAAAUGUGGAUGACUUCCGAAGGACAGAAUGUGCCAGCCACAUUCCAGCCAUCAAAAACUUUUUCAAGGAAGUUCAUGUGUUCAUUAGUGCAGAGAAAGUGGAGGAUGUGACAGAGGAGAAUAUACAAGCUGAGCUCAACAAGGUCCAGGCCAAUGCUCCCACCCAGUGGGCGAGAAGGAGCUCCAGGUCCGCUGACAAAGAGGACUUAGUGGGUACAAACUACAGAAAAACUAAUGCUGCCAUGGAGAUGAGACGUAUAAACAGAGACUCCUUCUGGGCCCGUGCAGAGCGUGAAGAGGAAGAGAGGAAAGACGAUGAUAAGAGACGAGCAGCAGAGGAGAGACGCCGCAUUGAAAGAGAAAGAGUUUUAAAAGAGAGGACGGAUGCAGAAGAGAGAGACAAGAGGAUGAAUGAGAAGCUACAGAUGAUUGAGGAGCAAAGGAGAAAACGGGCAGAGCAAGAAGAAGAGCUAGGCAAAAAGGAGAAAUUAAAAUGGGAGCAUCAGCAGAGGGAGCAUUUUGAUGACAUGAGGGCACGCCUGAGAAGGAGUGAGUCCAUAGAAAAAGCAGCGGAGGCAGCAGAAUUAGUGUCCCAGCGCUCCAUGAACCCCAGGGAGUUCUUCAGGCAGCUCUCAUCAACAUCAUCAUCACAGAGUCCCACCAGCCCUGGAUCCUCCCGCUCUGGCAAACCCUUCAGACGAUACCAGCGCAGCCUGACAGACACAGCCUUCAUCUUCACUAAAGCAGAGGACAGCACGUCUUCCUCCCCUUACAGCUCACCCCUGGUCUCCCCAUUCUCUCGGGCUGCUACCUCCCCCAUCUAUCGUGCCACCUCUCCCCCUACAAGCCCUAAUUUCCGCCCUGUCACCUCUUCACUAAGGCCCAGAGCCCCCAUGUCACCGCCUACAUCACCCCUUCGCCCGGCCCCUCCGGUCUCGGCCCUGCCCAGCGUUCCACAAAGUAAAAACCAAAUUCAGGCUGUUGUUGAGCCCAGACCUCCGUCACCCACAGAACCCUCUGCACCUCCUGCUUCCCCUGAUCUCUUGGCUUCAUUGUCCUCCUGUUUGGUUAGAAACAAACCCUCCCACUCCCAUGCAGACGCCCUCCCUUCCUCCCCCCCAAACACCCCAAACCAGCCCGAGGACUCAGCUUUCUGCUUCGAGCCUGCUCCUGUUCCAGAGAGAAUCACAGACCUCAACACAUCCACUCAUGGGCACACUGAGCUGGUCUCAGAAAUUGCCUACAAAGUACAGGCUGUACUGGUGGAGGAGGAUGAGGAAGAGGAAGAGGAGGAUCACGAGGAAGAAAAGGCUGAAACACAACAACAGUCUUGCACCAUCAUCGCAGAACCAGACGAGACUGAGGAUCACGAGGAAGAGGUAGAGGAAAAGAAGGAGGAAGAAGACGAAGAAAAAGAACUAGAAGAGGACCACAAAGAAGAGAAGGAGGAAUUAAAACAGGAAGCUGAGCUUACAGUGGACCAUCCAGUGGAAAAGCUGCAGGAGGAAGAGGAGGCAAAGGAAGAUGAAGAGGAGAAUGACCAAUCAGAAGACGGCCAGGAUCCCUCUGACAUGGCUGUGCUUUCAAAGAAAGAGGAAGAAUCAACAGCUACAGAUGGCGAAUCAAUUUGUGAAGUAAACAACCACGAGACUGUGGUCCUGUCAACCAAUGGGAUCACAAAUGGCGAGGGCACAAAGGGACAAAAUGGAAUAGGGCGGUCUCUGAGUCCUUCUGACACAGAGCUCAGCUCACCAGAGCUGACUGGGAGCUACGAUCUCCAUGGCACUGCAGAGGAGGACGACGUCAUUGAGGAAGAGGACCAGAUCAUCUCUGAAAAUGGACAAGAGGUUUCAGCCGAGCGACAAAUGUGUGUCCGAGCGUUGUAUGACUACCAAGCAGAGGACGAAUCUGAGAUCUCCUUUGAACCCGGUGACAUCAUAAAAGACGUGGAGACGGUGGACAAAGCUUGGUGGAGGGGGUGGAGCAAAGAUGGACGCCAAGGCUUAUUCCCUGCCAACUAUGUAGAGACCAUAUAAGCAGGCAGAGAAACACAACACACACACACACACACACACACACACACACACAACACACACACACACACACACACACACACACACACACACACACACACACACACACACACACACACACACACACACACACAACUCACACAAACUCAGGGAAACCAUCUCCCCUUACAUUUGUUCAUGUUUUUACCUUAAUCCUCCCACUCAAACUUUGUACUCUCUGUUUUGUUGGAAGGAUAAAGAACAAUGUGACUCUCUGUUUUGUAGAAAGCAUAAAGAAACGUGUGACUCUCUAUUUUGAUGUUUUCUGAGCAAAACAAAAUAUACUCACAAGUAUGCAGAAAUUACCCAGCCUUAUUUUCUUGGAUGAAAUAGCGGAUACCUUUUCUUGGACCAAAAUAACUUAUUUCCUUUUGAGAUAGAGCAGGAAUGUUGGUGGGAGGGAUGAGAUCACGAUGACAAAGGAUCAGAAACGUGCUUUUCUUGUGACAAACACAAAGAGUUUUCAUAGUGUACCGUCGUUUUUUUUAUCCAAACAUUUAACAAGCAUUCCAUUCUGCUCACAUUUUGCUUUGUGUGUUACAUUUCUAAAAAAAUAAUUGUACUGCUCUUGACUUGUAUAUAUAAUCAAGAUACAUGUAUCAGACAUCAUCUUAUAAUCACAUUCCUGAGUUAUUUUGUAGCACUGUUUUGUUACUGUCUCACAGAAUAUUUUAAUUACCAGAACAGAUAGAAAGCAGAGGAAAAAAGGCACCGUGUUGACAUCAGUGUUUUGUUCAUAUGGUGAUGUCCGUCAACAAAUUGUGUUGUCACGUCUCGUCUUAAUUUUUCAUAGAUUUAAAAAAAUGAAAGCAUUCACUCGACACACGGAUGAUAAGAGAAAAUUAUUUCUAUUUUAAUCUCCUGUAAUAUCUUAAUAAUCUACACUGUAUAUAAGAAUGUAUAAAAAGCAUCAAAGAUCUUCUCUUUUCUAUACUUUGCUUGUAUGUUGUAUGCCUGUUUGAUGGUGUGUAUGUACUUUGUAUUUACUCCAAACUUACAAAUAUACAGCAUCAACAAACUCAGUUUUAAAA